AUGCCGGGCUCCAAGCAAACAGUACUUAUCACCGGCUGCUUGGAUGGAGGGUUGGGUGCCGCUCUGGCCAUAGCCUUUCACAAAGCUGGCUUGCAUGUCUAUGCUACGGCUCGAAACCCGGCGCGAAUGACCCAAGUCGCGGAGCUGGGGAUCGAAACGUUGACACUCGAUGUCUUGUCGGAAUCCUCCAUCGCUGCUUGCGUCAGCAAGAUACCUCGCCUCGACAUUCUGGUGAACAAAGCCGGUGCGGCAUACAGUAUGCCCGUGACCGACAUGUCUAUCCCAAAGGCGAGAAAAUUGUUCGACCUCAACGCGUUUCUGCCACUCCUCCUCAAGUCAAAAGGAAUCAUCGUCAACCAGACGUCCAUAGCUGCCUCUCUUAUCUUGCCGCUUGCGGCUGCCUAUGGUGCCUCGAAGGCUGCAAUGGCGCACAUUUCGGAGACACUACGGCUAGAGCUGCAACCGUUUGGCAUCACCGUGAUUGAGCUCAAGACUGGACUGGUCAGAUCCAAUUUGAUCAAAAACCAUGAGAUUGCCACACAACCGCAACUGCCUGAAAAUUUGAUAUACACCCCGGCAAAGGAGCAAGUCGAGACGGCAUUACGGCAAGAAAGAUUUGUGGGCGAGGGUCUGCCUGCAGACCAAUGGGCAACCGCCGUCACACAAGAUAUAUUGCAGAAGCAGCCGCCGCCGGUGAUCUGGAGAGGUGACUCAGCGCGGCUCGCGCGAGUAGGAUCGAUCUUGCCCUUUGGCUUUCUGGACGGAACGGCAAAGAAGGCUACCGGUUUCGACCUGGUUGAGAUAGCCCUCCGGAACUAA